ACAAAAGCGUUAUCCACUCGCUCUUUUGUCACAAUCGAUUCUCGAAUUUUUCGGAUCCUCUGUCUCAAUUCGUCCAUGGCGUUCUCUCUUUCGUCGACUCCUUCGUUUCCGUGCUCGAUGCCCUGUACUGGUCCUGGCCGGCUAAAUUGCUUGAGCCUCAUCGUAAAAUGCGAAGCUGACGGUUCAUCGGUGGCGGCGAGAUCGAAGCUGGAGGUAGGCUCUCCAGUUAUCGUGACCGAGGCUCCUACGAUGAUCAAGACUGCGGCGUCUGUUCCGUGCCUACGGGUUAAUUCCGGCUUGGUCAAGCCCGGGGAUGUGGGCAGAAUCGUGUCGAGGAAACCAAAGGAUGUAUGGGCGGUUCGUCUCGCGAUCGGGACUUACCUCAUCGACGGCAAGUUCUUCAAGCCGUUGGAGCUCGACGAUUGAUUUCAACCGGAAUUUAUUUACAGAACGACACCGCAGAAAAUUUAUGUAUAUUCGCAGGGAUUUUGGUAUACUUCAAUUCAAUUUUCUUGGGUGUCUUCUCUCUCGGAAAGAGUUUUGAUUGGUGUGCUCGAGCAAAGCUAGUUCUGAUCCCCUGUUUCUCAAAUUGAUGCACAAAAGACUUCAAUGCUGCUUGCUUGCUC